AUGAAGCAGGAACAUCAGGAAGCCUUAUGCGGGUAUAGAUUCUACAUAUCUGACGACACAAAUACCUUGAAGCCAUUCCUAAAGGAAGAUGACAGAAGGAUUGCUUCAAUCCAAAAAACGUGUAAUUCUCGUAUAUGCCUUACACGGGAGACGCGCGUUCGUAAGGGUCAGAAGCGGCGAGCCGUCUUGGUACAUGCACACAGCAGGAGAGAAUUAGAGCUUUGCUUGAGACGGAUUGAUGAUACCUUUCCCAACCUCUAUGCAUGUUCAAACCUAUAUGACGCAGUAGCAGCUGUUCGCAUGAUCCGACUGAGAAAAUACCAAACUACUGAAGACCUCUCAGUUGGUCUCCUAUCCACAAUGGUGACCUACUAUCAGCUAUCUUUCAACUUUGAUUCACGCGACAUGGUAAAGUAUGAUUACUGGCGUAAGACAUGCGAUGCUAUGCUUUGCAAAAAGCUCGGAUGUGUUCUGCUGAUCGCUAUGAAAGACACUCCCGGCGCUGGAUUUCUUCGCAGGCACGCCAUCAUAAGCGGUGAAUGCCGCAAAAAUGUGAUCACCUCCUAUAACGUACUUAGAGCCACCUUUGCUGAACUGCCUGAAUUCGAGGAUGAAGGCAGUAUUUCAACCGACUCCUCCCUCCGACGUUUCAAUACUUAA